AUGCCGUCUAGUUCGUCUUCUAGCGCUUCCCAGAUGAACAUCGCCCUUGCGGAGAACCGCUCGGCCUCUCUUCCCACGAUUCCCUUCCACGGGCCACUACGACCUGGCUUCACCAAAGGCAACAUCCAUGUGGUGCGCGAAGACCUUCGUCCGCCACGCUUCGCGGGCCAUGGCCUCUUGGCCCCGGCACCGGGUGUCAACGCACCCUCCUCCUUCCACGAGGCGCACUACACGGCAAGCGUGGCCAGGCUGAAGAAUCGCGGCUUUGGGGCGCCUUUUGCCACACUUCUGGAGCGUGAACGUCCGACCUUGGCCCACGCACCGCUACCUGAGGACCUCGCACAGUUUGCUGCGCAGGCGCCCCUCCCCCCUGUCGGGCGCCCCGGCUGUGCUCCACUGCCUACCACAGUGCUCGACGCAAGGGACUCCUACUCCUUCGCACGCGCGGUGCAGGGGCACAUGAAGAUGCUCAACUCUGGCUUGGCCAACCCCAUCACCCACCAGCUGCAGUGA